AUGGAUACUGACGAAGCACAUAUUGCUGGCGACUUCUUUCUGCAUUCAAUAGCAAGCGAGCCGUCCCGACGUCGAACAUUCAUCGAAUAUUUCCAUCGUUUUAUCUCACCAGAAACAAUCAUUUAUAUUCAGUAUUGUUUAUUACGCGUGCCAUUUGUACUUAUCUAUGAUUAUUUAUUUACCGAGAAAUUCUCCAAGUUAUUCGAAACUUUUUUCAAAUAUUUAAUCGAUUUGACCGAGAACGAGGGUUCUUCAUUGACAAUCAUGACAAAUUAUAUACUACAGAAAAGUCCAUUUCUUCCGCUGAUUCAAUUGCUUCUUAGUCUUUUAGUACCGAUUCUAGGACUGAUUCUCUUGAUACUUUUACUCUUAUGUUCUGAUCGACAUCUUGUGAUAUUCUACAGUUAUACAAUAUCGUUGCUUGUAAUUUAUUUUGAUUAUCAAAUGAGUUGUAUAACUGACAGUCAAACAUCGUCAUCAAUCAACAUGUAUGUUCUUCAGUUUUUGUUAUCAUCAAUUUACAUUCAAAUGCUCAACAUACGUCCACGUGUUCGUUCGUAUACGAUUCAAACAUAUUUAUGUCAUUUCGCGCCGUUUGUAUUAAUUCUAACAAGGUAUUUGAUCUCCACGAAAUAUGACCAUCAGUUAUUGAAAUCUUAUUAUUUGAUCUGGACAGUUGCUCAUCUGACUGAACUAUUUGUUUGUCAUAAACAAACCAUUGUGAACUACAUACGAGUCGAUUUCAUUCAGGAUUUAUAUCAUCUUUAUGAGAACCUCGGUUUCCAAACGUUGAUCAAUUAUCUUCAAACACGAAUAUACGUUUCGACAUUAUUGAAGAUCUUUUGGUUAGCAAAAAUCUUCGUUUUACCGUUGUGCAUACGGAACAUUUACUCGAAUCCGUACAUAGCAAAUGUAACAUUAAAUCUGAAUAUGACAAGCUCGGAGGAGAAUGUGACGGUGGUGAACAAAGAGAUGCUGUACAAUGAAACAACAAUAAAAACGAUUUAUUAUACAAGUUUGUUUUAUGGAACGGAGACGAUGUUCACUUUGAUAAGUUUAGCAUGUCUGGUUUCUCAUAUAAUGAAGAGCAUUUCUCAUCGUUUAUUUCGUCUUCUUCAGCUCUGGACCGAAGAUGUUGAACAAAUUGGCACAGUUGUUGGUGUCAUGUUUUUUCUCUUAUUAUUUCAAUCGAAUAUCACACGACUAGAACUCAAUCGCCGACAUGUUCCAUUACUAAAAGCAUUUAGUUUAUUAAUCGUCGCGCUUUUUCAUUUUCUACAUACGAUUCUCGAGCCUCAAUUACUUAAAGUAGCAAUGCAAACAAUGACGACAAAAAUGGCGUUUAAUCAAACGAAUGAACCUAGUCAAGAAGAAGAAAAACAAGAUUUCACCAAUUCCUCGCCUUCGAUCCUUCGUUCAUAUCAACACCGGCAUGUUUAUAUCUGUGCCUCAAUCUUAUGCUUAAUAAUUCUUUAUAUAAUCAUCCUUUGGCGUUUAACAACCUUUUCUACUUGGUUACUUGCUGUCACAGCAUUCUCUUUAGAGCUCAUUGUCCGUCUCAUUGCUUCACUUGCUCAAUAUACAGUCUAUGUUCUCGAUGCACACAAUCGUUUGUCGAAUGUCGAUUCAUUCGAUGAAUACAUUUUCCGUAUCAAAGCCGUCACUUCCUGUUUUGAAUUUCUACUCGGUGUUUUCCUACUGCUUAAUGGUUUUUAUAUCUUAUGUUUUGAAUCACGUGGUGCAUUACGUGCUCUAAUGCUCGCCAUUCACGCACAUUUGAAUAUUAUUAAAAAUCUACGGCGUGGUUGGCAAAUCUUUCAGAAUCGUAAAUCAGCUUGGAAUAACGUUACUCAACUACCAUUGGCCACUAAUGAACAGAUCGAAGAGUAUAAUGACAUAUGUUCUAUAUGUCAUAAUACGUUAACGUCGGGUGUUGCUUGUGUGACUCCAUGUGCUCAUAUAUUUCAUCAGAAGUGUUUACAAAAGGCGUUUUAUGCGACACAAAAUUGUGCUUUAUGCUCGCGCCCAAUUAUUAUUGAACGAAAUCAACAUCAGGACUGA